GUUGGGUUAAACAUCAUGUAUCUGUGUAUCUGCUUGUAUGGCAUCUAGGACAACUCUACUGGGUUUUGUCCUUCUACUAUCAAUUAUCCACGUCGUUUCAAGGCAAUGCAGAGGAUCAUUCCGUUGUUGUUUUGGAUAUAAGUGGGAUGAAACUACAAGAUCUUGUAUGAAAUGUGAUGUGGGAUACACUGGAGUUGAAUGUGAUGUGCCCUGUCCAUAUCCUUAUUAUGGGGAGCAUUGCCAACAAAGGUGUCUGUGUAAAAAGGAGAGCUGUAACAUUUCAUUUGGCUGCGUUUUGGCCAAGGACAUAUUCCCAGUGGAAGAGAAUUCUUUAACUAUCAGUUCAGUUUUCACAACAAAAUCCCUUCCCUCAAAGCGCAAAUAUUUGGGUAACAUAUUCGCAGUAGGAAUAAUACGGGAGAAUGUUGUAACCUUUCCUCAGACAAAUUCCUCAGACUCAAUGCUCAAUCGUUCAGAUACUUUUUCUACACCCGAAUCCAGAAGCAGUCUAUCCACCACACUAAUCAUCUACCUUGUACCUUUAAUUUUGUUUGUGAUUUUGGUGAUAGCUGUACUUGUUGUUUAUAAAGCUGUCAAAAAACCGGGAAGCAAAAUUACAAACACAGUAUACUAUGAACUCAUUCACCAUGACAGGGUACAGGUAUCAGACCAUGCACCAAUGAUAAACACAAACAUAAAUAACAAAGGAGGAUACGCUGAAUUGAAAGUUAUUAGUAAGAACUGAGUGCUUUAGAUUUGAAUUUCUGUGACAAUAUGCAAUGGUUAUUGAAAAAUUUAAUAAAGUGUUCUAAUUGAUAAAUCACAUUUUUAGGUGAUCGGCAAUUAGUUGUCGAAUAAAUUUUUAGUAAAUGUGUGCAUUCUAGUAUUACACCAUUACAAAUCAAGUGUUUGAUCAAUAAAAUUGAUAUAUUUUGAUACAAG